AUGCAACAUUCAGGUAUGGGCUGUUUCUGGGGAGCUGAAAAGAGGUUUUGGAGCCAGAAGGGAGUCUACUCCACUCAAGUGGGUUAUGCAGGAGGGCAUACUCCAAAUCCUACCUACAAAGAGGUCUGUUCAGGUAAAACUGGCCACACCGAGGUUGUACGAGUAGUGUAUCAGCCAGAAAACAUCAGCUUUGAGAAACUGCUCAAGGUCUUCUGGGAGAAUCAUGACCCGACACAAGGAAUGCGGCAGGGUAACGACCGCGGCACACAGUACCGCUCAGCCAUCUACACGUUUUCCCAGGAACAGAUGGAAGCUGCCUUGAGAUCUAAGGAAGAAUAUCAAAAGGUAUUGACGAAGAGUGGCUUUGGUCCCAUCACAACGGAAAUCCGGGAGGCUCCGGAGUUCUACUACGCUGAAGAUUACCAUCAGCAGUACCUUAGCAAGAACCCUGCUGGCUACUGUGGCCUUGGAGGAACAGGGCUUUCCUGCCCCAUUGGCAUCAGUAAAUAG